AUGGCUGCCGUUGCCGCCUCCGCCGCAGGGAUCAUCGCCGUCCCCGGCGGCGCCUCCCGGGGAGCGGCGGAGCGGCACCUCAGGGUCACCGGGACGCGGAUGGAGGCGAAGCUCGGGAGGCCGCUGGAGGAGAUCUACAACGUGCGGGUCGAGCGGGGGGUGAGCAAGCAGCGCCUGGAGGAACUCGGGGUGGAGCGGUGGUCGACGUGGAGGACGGGGAAGUGCCUGCUCCCGUGGGACUGGCACGUUGACCAGCAGGUGUACGUGGUGAAGGGGGAGGUGCGGGUGGUGCCGGAAGGCGGCGCUGCCUUCGGCGGUCAGCGGUACAUGCGAUUCGUGGAAGGGGAUCUUAUCCGCUACCCUAAGUGGUUCGAGGCCGAUCUCUUCUUCGACGGGCCCUACGAGGAGCGCUACCGAUUCCGCGCCUACGGCGACGACUGA